AUGGAAAACCUUUUACCACUGGUUUCUGAGACAAUUUAUUCUCAACAUGAGCUAAAUGACGAUGGUGAAAUCACUGAUUCAAAAUACUACAGACAAGCUCCUGUCCAGAAAGAAGGUAGUUUUUGCACAACUAUUAAAAUUCGCGCAAACGGCCACAGAUUAUCGGUAUGUGGAAAUCCAUCUCGCUAUAAUCGCAUUGACAAUCUGUUUGGUUAUACAUCUUUGGAUCCCUGUUUCGGAGUAUAUAAUACCCUUUUAGGGUCAAUGGGUUUACCGCCUUUAACAAAGACAACUCAGUUUUAUCACAGACAAACGAAAGACGGUUCAAUACAGGUCGUUGGUAACGGUGCCAAGAUAUCUCGCAUUGACGUUACAACUAAUAAGGCAGCAGGUCAGGGCAACGAAUCUACAUAUAUAAAAGCCUUAAGCACUGUUAACUAUCGAAAUUCAAUACCUAAAUUAUUUGAGAAUGGUCAGACUGCUGGCUGG